AUGCUUGAGGAAGAGCUCUCGGAACAAAAGGAGAUGAGGAGCGAGAUCAAACAACUGACUCUGAGGCUGGAGAACUCAGAAAAACACCAGAAGAUGCAAGACAGCCAGAUAGCUCAGUCCGUCUCGAGAGCACAGGAUGCGCUACACCAGAUGCCGAAGUUCGUAAAAUUUUUAAAGGGAAUCUUAUCCAAUAGAAGGCAGAAAGACGACUUCGAGACUGUAGCAUUGACAAAGAAUUGCAGCGCCCUCCUUAUGGCGAAUCCUCCACCCAAGCUUCAGGACCCAGGAAGUCUCUCCAUACCGUGCAAAAUUGGUUCUGAACUUAUACCAAGAGCUUUCUGUGACUUGGGAGCCAGUGUCAGCCUGCUCCCGCACUCUCUAUGCAAGAAGCUGGGUUUCCAGAACAUUAAAUUGACCACGAUGGCACUGCAACUAGUUGACUAUUCAUGCAGGUACCCGAUGGGAAUAGUGGAGAAUGUGCCAGUUGAAGUAGGUGGAUGCAUAGUUCCUACAGAUUUAAUUAUCUUGGACAUGGAAGAAGAUCCCAAGAUAUCAAUCAUCCUUUAA